AUGGAGUGCAAUAGAGACGAGGCCGUGAGAGCAAAAGAGAUUGCUGAGAAGAAGUUUCUGGAUAAGGACAUUAAGGCAGCAAAAAAAUUUGCUCUCAAGGCUCAAAAUCUGUAUCCUGAGCUAGAGGGCAUUUCCCAGUUGGUUAGGACAUUUGAGGUUUAUAUUUCUGCCACAGAGAAAAUAAAUGGUGAAUAUAACUGGUAUACUGUACUUGGUGUGACUCCUUUAGCUGAUGAUGAGACAGUAAGAAAACAAUACAGGAAACUGGCUCUUCUGCUUCAUCCUGACAAGAACAAAUCUGUUGGGGCAGAAGGGGCAUUUAAACUUGUUUCACAAGCCUGGAGUUUGCUGUCUGAUAAGUCCAAGAGAUUAGAAUAUGACAAGAAGUAUUGUACCACAUUCCAGGAGAGGAGUCAGACUAAGAAUGCAGGUCCUCCACCAACAAAGCAAAAUGGAUUUUACAACUUUGCAAAGAAUGCAGCUUCAAAAAUGAAGGUUCCAAAGGGUAAUUCUAGUAAGAGGGAUACCUUGUCUUGUCCAGCUCCAUCUUGUAAGAAGGAACAGCGUACAUUUUGGACUGUCUGUCAUCGAUGCAAGAUGCAGUAUGAAUAUCUUAGGAUGUAUCUUAACAAACAUCUGCUCUGCCCAAAUUGCCUUGAGGCCUACUUCGCAACAGAAAUUGAGCCACCAUCUGCAGGGUUUAAUAUCAGUAAUCCGUCCAAUAACAAUAACUUGCAACAGGCUCCUUUCUUUGAGUCAAAUGGUUCUGCAUCUACUGCUCAAGCUGCAAAUAUGGUGCAACAGGCCUUUGAGAAAGUGAGAAGAGAACGUCAGAAAAAGCAGGCUGCUACUAGAAGGGAGGAGGUCAAUCGAAGGAAAAAUCAUUCCUCUAAAAGAACAAUUGAUGGCGGAUCCUUUGGGCGGUGUAAUGCUGUGAAGAGAAGAAAAGGAGUUGAAGAUUGUGGUAUGAACAAGGAUACAGUGAACAAGGUGAAUUGCGGUGUUGAUGUUAAACAGUUGCUGAUAGAGAAGGUUCAAGGUGAAAUACAUCAGAAGUUGAGUGAACGGACCUCAACUAGUGCUACCAAAACGACAUCAGCUCACAAAGCUUAUGUAAAUAACAUACAAAAUGAAACGGCAGAUGAAAAAGACAACAUUGUUACAAAUAGUGCCAGAUUGGAUCAGAAUGAGCCAGUCAAGGCUAACAGUCAAAUUCCUCUUAAUAAACUCAAUUUUGGUGCUGAUAUGGAAUCUAUUAAGCAAAUAUCAAUUGAUGUCCCAGAUUCAGAUUUUUAUGAUUUUGAUAGAGACAAAAUGGUGAGGUGUUUCAGAGAUCGCCAGGUGUGGGCUGUGUACGAUAGUGAUGAUGGGAUGCCGCGGUGUUAUGCCAUGAUUCGUAAAGUGACUUCUUUAAACCCUUUCGAGGUGCAAAUCAGUUGGCUUAAUUCAAAAGCCAAUAAGUGGUUUGAUUCUGGUUUUUCAAAAGCGUGUGGGGUUUUUGGAAUAGGCAAACAUGGAAUUAGAACCUCAACCGACUCAUUCUCGCACAAGGUUAAAUGGACAAAAGGCACUGAUGGGACCAUCCGGAUACUUCCUCGGAAGGGGGAUGUCUGGGCUCUGUACAAGAAUUGGUCAGCCGAAUGGGAUGAACUUACAGAAGACGUAGUAAUGCAUAAAUAUGACAUGGUGGAAGUACUUGAAGACUAUGAUGAAGAACUGGGAGUAGUUGUCAUUCCCCUAGUUAAAGUUGCUGGGUAUAAAGCAAUUUUCCAUCAGCUUCUGAGCCAAAGGGAGAUAGAAAGAAUCCCCAGGGAAGAAAUGUCUCGGUUUUCUCAUCUGGUACCAUCCCGCUUUCUCACCGGUCAAGAAGGAUUAAAUGCUCUCAAGGGUUGUCGGGAAUUGGACCCUGCAGCUACUCCUUUGGAACUUCUCCAGAUUAUAUCAGUUACUAAAGAAACCGAGUCCAUGAAGAAUGAAGAGGAAAUUACUGAAAUAGUGGAUCUAACUGAUACUGAUGGAAACACCAACAUCAACAAGGGGAAAGAAAUUUCUUGA